GCAGCGGAGCCCGAGCCGCGGCCGGAGCGGAGCCGGAGAACGGCGGUGGCGGCGGCGGCACCAUGACCCUGGGCAGCUGCUGCUGCGAGAUCAUGUCCUCCGAGAGCUCCCCGGCCGCACUGUCCGAGGCCGACGCAGACAUAGACGUGGUGGGAGGCGGCGGCGGCGGCAGUGGUGGCGGGGAACUCCCUGCCCGCUCCGGGCCCCGCGCCCCCCGGGACGCGCUCCCGCACGGCCCCGAGCCUCCCUCGGAGGAAGCCGAAGCGGACGCAGCUGAGGACGAGGAGUCCGGCGGCUGCUCGGACGCCGAGCCCCGCGCUCUAGCGCCCCGGGGGGCGGCGGCCGCAGCGGGAAGCCCCGGGCCGGGCUCGGCGGGGGCCCGGGGCUCGAGGAGCCCGCUGGUGAAGCCGCCGUACUCGUACAUCGCGCUCAUCACCAUGGCCAUCCUGCAGAGCCCCAAGAAGCGGCUGACGCUGAGCGAGAUCUGCGAGUUCAUCAGCGGCCGCUUCCCCUACUACCGGGAGAAGUUCCCCGCCUGGCAGAACAGCAUCCGCCACAACCUCUCGCUCAACGACUGCUUCGUCAAGAUCCCCCGCGAGCCGGGCAACCCGGGCAAGGGCAACUACUGGACGCUGGACCCGGAGUCGGCCGACAUGUUCGACAACGGCAGCUUCCUGCGGCGCCGCAAGCGCUUCAAGCGGCAGCCGCUCCCGCCGCCGCAUCCACACACGCACCCUCACCCGGAGCUGCUGUUGCGUGGCGGGGCUGCUGCGGCGGGGGACCCCGGCGCCUUCCUGCCGGGCUUCGCCGCUUACGGCGCCUACGGCUACGGCUACGGGUUGGCGCUCCCUGCCUAUGGUGCCCCCCCGCCAGGCCCGGCCCCGCAUCCACAUCCACACUCGCACGCCUUCGCUUUCGCCGCCGCAGCCGCAGCCGCGCCUUGCCAGCUGUCGGUCCCCCCAGGUCGUGCCGCUGCGCCUCCACCCGGACCUCCGACAGCCUCGGUGUUCGCAGGCGCAGCCUCUGCACCGGCCCCUGCGCCUGCCCCGGGCACAGGGUCGGGCCCGGGUCCGGGUCCCGCAGGCCUGCCCGCCUUCCUGGGCGCGGAGCUGGGCUGCGCCAAAGCUUUCUACCCCGCGUCACUGAGCCCUCCCGCAGCCGGCACCGCGGCUGGUCUGUCCACCGCACUCCUGCGCCAGGGCCUCAAGACGGACGCGGGCGGUGGUGCGGGCGCCGGGGGUGCCGGGGCCGGUCAGAGGCCUUCCUUCUCUAUAGACCACAUCAUGGGCCACGGUGGCGGCGGGGCAGCACCCCCGGGCGGAGGCGAGGGCUCGCCGGGAUCGCCGUUCGCGGCGGCGGCUGGCCCUGGGGGUCAAGCCCAGGUCUUGGCCAUGCUGACUGCCCCGGCCCUAGCUCCAGUGGCCGGCCACAUCCGCCUCUCGCACCCCGGGGACGCGCUCCUGUCCUCAGGGUCCCCGUUUGCCGGCAAAGUCGCGGGUCUGAGUGGUUGCCACUUCUGAACUGCCUCGUGCUCAGGGCCACUUAGGCCCGCACUCCUCAGCCUCUCCCGGGAACUUCUGCGGUCCCAGCGGAACUCAGGGAGUCUAUUUAUGAAGUCUCCAGACCUUGGGCCGGCGCGCGUGACUUGGCACUUCAGGCUCCACGCUCAGAAUCUGAUAGUUGGGACGAAGCGGGCUCCAUCUCUCAAGAAGAGGCCCGGGUCUACGCGACGGAAGGUCGCAAGCCAUGAUCCCAUUCCAGUUUGAGCAGAAAAGGGGGAGGGGGAGUCUUCGCUUUUUCCCAGCCUCUGUGCCUCUGGUAGCCCCGGAAGAACGCUUUCCCGGAGAGAUGCCCGCCCAGGCCCCGAGGAUCCCGCCAGAAACACCAACUGCGCCAGGAGGUCUUCCUCUCUGCCUCUCCCUCCUUCCCCGACUUUGAGGCCCUGCUUGUCCAAUAUUAUAAUUUAAAGACACCUAUUAUCCGCUUCGUGCUUAAAAGAAAAUUUCAACGUUUUUUUUUCUUGCUGUUUUCCAAGGAAGUUCGUUCUCUGAAAACUAAAGCUGUGUCUACACAGGCGAAGCUGAACGGAGAGGUGAAGCCAGGGGUCUCCACAAGCCCUGCGGAAACCCUGGAUCUCACUCCAGUCGGGAGCAUCCUUCUUCUUUUGUGUUGGGGUGCUUUUGAAGGAACUUUUCCCCUUUCCCGUGGCCGGCUGGGUCCAGCCAACCAGGGCCAGCAGCCCUCUCAGCGUUCUGCUCUGUCCCAGGCCCUGGGAUAUUUAUUGUAGCUAAAGGCAAUGAGG